GAUUGAUUUGACUUUUUUGUUAGUGUCUGAGUUGUCCGUGUUGUCCGUGUUUGUUUCUAGUGAAGCCGUUAUUCGAAGAGAGGGGUGAAGGAGUGAAAGGAACAUGUGAUAGAAGAAGAAGCAGGCGUGGUUUUCAUUAGGAAUUAUUUUGGUGUGGUUGAGGUGAGAUUGGAAUCGAUGAGACAGCGUUGGAUGAACAGAAAGAGAGGAAUGGGGAUGUUGAAAGGUAGCGGAUGGGCGUUGGUGAUGUUAAUGAUGUUGUCGGUGUGGAAAAUGGCGGCAUCAUCGGAAGAGGAGGAAUGCGAGAACCGAUGGAUCCACAUAAGGAAGCUACCUUCGAGGUUCAACCUGGAUCUGCUGGCAAACUGUUCUGAGUAUCCCAUGUUGGACGACCUGUGCCCCUACCUCGGAAACCACGGUCUGGGACAGAAAACCCAUAACCGCUCCCGGAGUUGGUACCGAACCGACCCGUCAAUGCUGGAACUGGUUUUCCACCGUCGGAUGCUGGAGUACCCCUGCCUCACGCAAGAUCCCCUGCGUGCAAACGCAAUCUAUCUCCCCUACUACGCCGGCCUUGACGCCAUACGCUACCUCUACGGCCCAGAAUCAAACUUCAGCGCCCUACACGGCCUCCAUCUUUUCCACUUCCUCCAACAAGACAACCCCCAAAUCUGGGCCCGCCACAUGGCCCACGACCACUUCCUCGUCAUGGCCCGCCCCGCCUGGGACUUCUCCCAACCCCUCAGCAACGACCCUCCCAUCUGGGGCACCUCCUUCCUCGAGUUGCCCCAAUUUUUUAACCUCACCGCCCUCACGCUCGAGGCCCGCGCCUGGCCCUGGCAGGAACACGCCGUUCCCUAUCCCACCUCCUUCCACCCUCUCAACCUCGGACUCCUCGAAUCCUGGAUCACACGGGGCCGUCGCUCCAAGCGCUCCAUCCUCGCGCUGUUCGCCGGCGGUGGAGGCGGAUCCUCGUCGCCCAACAUCCGUCGGAGCAUACGCAGCGAGUGCGAGAACGCCACCUCGGACCCCUCGUACGAGAAGUUGUGCGAGAUCGUGGACUGCUCCAACGGGGUUUGCGAGCACGACCCUAUUCGGUUCAUGCGGCCCAUGCUGCAGGCGAGUUUCUGCUUGCAGCCUCCCGGGGACACUCCCACGCGCCGGUCCACGUUCGACGCGAUACUGGCGGGGUGCAUACCGGUUUUCUUUGAGGACCUUUCGGCCAAGUCGCAGUACGGGUGGCAUCUGCCGGAGAACGAGUUUGAGGAUUUCUCUGUGUUUAUUCCGAAGGAGGAGGUUGUGUUCAGGGGGUUGAGGAUUUUGAACGUCUUGCAACGGAUACCUAGGGCUAAGGUUAGGAGCUUGCGGCAAAGGGUUUUGGCGUUGAUACCGAAUGUCUUGUACAGGAAGCAUGAUAGUUCUCCCGGUCUCAAAGCUAAGAAGGAUGCAUUUGAUUUGGCCAUUGAUGGUACACUGGAUAAGAUUCGAUCCAGGGUCCGAGAACUUGAUUUUGUUAUCUGAAUCUAAUCGUGAUUUUCUUUUUGUUUCUUUCCUUAUAGGCUCCUAGUUACUCGUUUAGGGUGUACCUUUUUGGCCAUUAAUCAAUAGAACUUCACACAAAAGAUUAGUUUCUGGCACCUGUGCACUGAAUUGUGACAGCGCAUCUACAAAUUAUUUGUGUCAUCAGCAUUUGCUUUUCUUUGGAAGUUUCUUUUUCUAGUUCAGACCAGGAAAAUGUUGGACUAGUGAUAAGGAAUAGGUGUUUUUGCAGUCUUGUCGAGUAAUUUGUAUGGAUCAGCUAGGAUUGAUGAUUCACAAGGCUUUCAUCACGAUUCUGUAUCUGUACUGUACAUGUUAUAUUGUAUGACGACGAUUCUCGGGAAUUGAAUUGCUAAUCCUGUUUAUUAUAUUAUGAUCAUUUCACUAUGGUUUCUUUGAGAAUUUGGGAGGGGAAUUUGAGCCUACACACGAGAAAGGGAAUGAGGUUUCACUGUUUGUUGACGAGCACAGGCGAAAACUGAACUCCAGAUUGCAUUUAGAGCCUGGCAAAGCCUACCGUUUUUCUCAAGGCCUUGGGUUGAAUAUAAGGGUACAGUUCCACAAAAUGAAUUGCAGAGUAAGCAAAGGGAUCUAGAGCUGGAGGCCAAUGCAUUAGUUUCCUUGGGAGAAAGAAUUUCUGUUGAUAUAUUACCAUAUGAUGAAGCUGCUAAGAUUUGCGGAGGGAGUCUUCCUGAUUAUAUUUCUAAGGUCAGUGUAUAAAAGAUAUAUUCUUAAUGCAAAUAAUUUCCCGUGUUCUUUACACUUAACUAGUUAGCUUUUCUGUAACCAAUAGCCAUAAUACCUUUCAUGUCACAUGUUAUCUUACAAGGUGGCUGUGGGCAAGACCUUUUUGUUCUUCUGGAUAACUGUCAAAGUUCCACUGGCAACAUUACAGUACUGUAUUUUUGCAUCCCUUUGCAUCAGGAAUAUUCCAGCAUAUAAGUCAUUCCAUUGUUCUCUUUUGCAUUCCAUUUUUUCCGAUCGCUGCCUUCUUGUAUUUGUGUUUUUGUCAGUCACUAUGACUGACUUCUUGCCCUGUACUAGAAUGGUUUCUGAAAUUUGCACUUUAAGUUUGAACAUGUCUGCAAGAUUGGUUUGAUAUGAUAUUUUUUAUGUAAGUUUGCUCUUUGUAA